GUUGCUUCGAAAAACAAACAAGAAAAUCGCACACCAUCAUCUGACACUUCUUAUCAUUUUUGCAGAAAAGAUUAUAAUAUUAUAUCUGCAGUGUUAUUAACUGUUUCGGUUGUGGAAAAAUUCACAUUUCGUUUCGCUAAGGCUGUAAUAGAAAAUGUAGAUGUAAUUUGCUUUUCCAUUGCGAAAUGCGUACUCAUCCGUAGAAAAAAAAAACCUCGAUCAAUAAGGUGUAAGAUUAGUGAGAAAAAUAGUUUGAUUCCUGUUCCUGCAAUAUGACCGAGAUCGAAACCGAGGAUGGGCCUAGAAAAUGAAUUGCAGAGGAUUUGCGCCCCGCGUGGAAAAGAUGCCGAAAUCGGUGACCGGGAGUACCUUGGACUGUCCACGGUGAUGGCCUUACAGCGGCUACACGAUGACAUCGAAGUAGUGUUGACGGCAUACGAAGAAAGAUUUGCGAAGCGCAGAUGGAUCAUACUUUUCAAAUCAUCCUUGGUAGGAAACUCAACGAGUGCCCUUAACUGGUUCCCGUUGCUGGCCACGGUGAUAUCAGUCGUCUCGUUCUUUAUGAUCGGUUAUUGUUACUCAGCUGGGUUCAUCCUGUUCCUCUUACUACUUACGAUAGUAACAAUAGUUCGCGAAAAUAUUUUGCGCCAUACGGAGAUGUUCCGUAAAGUCCGAAGUGUUUUAGAGGAAAUUAAAUGUGGCACUAAGUUGUGCAGUGAAUGGAUUCCCUCGAAUUAUCCCCACAUCUGCAGUCCUUUAUCGCCAUGCGUUACCCUCCAGUGGACUUACCGGGACGGGAAAAUUGUUAAUCUCCCAUGGGCUCUUCUGGUGCGAGGGGACUACAUAGUGAUGCGACCAGGUCAGGUAGCACCCGGAACAUGCACUGAAGUCUUCGGUAAACGAGCGUUCAAAUGUGGUGAAACUUACGGUCUUGCGCAAGCUAUGGAUCCACCGAAAAAACCAAUUGCUCGUGCUCCAAUACCGGAUCUUAUUUGUGUGGUGUCUGUGACGCCUUAUUUAGACAAUCUACGAACGACGUUGGACAAUUUUCUGGACCGACCAACAACGAUGAUCAACCAGCAACGCAAUCUGCUCAUAACAAAAUGUAUCCAGCAAUGUGGAUGGAUUGUCGUUCUAAUACUUACACUGACAGUUGGUGUCCUACGUUACUUGGGUUUUUAUUUUAACGGAAAAGUUCCCACCAAUUGGCGUAAUGUUUUUCUGCUCAAUCCAUCCGCUGCAUUGCUUCCCUUGCUUCCACUGGUCUUUCCGUUGCUAUGGAUCACUAUCAAUCUUUGGGGCACGGCCCGGCUGGAGACACUUCUUUCCAUACCGCAAUCCAUUAUGCGAAAAGCAGCACAAAAAUCCUUCCAGGAAGAUUUGGACACCCCGACAGGAGAUCUGGAACACGUCGAACUUCCUCGUCGGUUGGUGGCUUACUACUGGUGGCAACUGUUUCUUGGUCGUAGCGAACUGCUCAGUAGAAGUGCUAAUGUCGUUCAGGUGCUGGGGACAAUAACGGCUCUCUGUUGUGUAGACAAGAAAGGAAUUCUUUCAUGGCCGAAUCCGACAGCAGAAAAAGUAUUUUUCCUACGAAGUGCCUCUAACGACGAGAGUCAUACCACGGAUUCGUCCGACCAAAGCAGUCUGAACUCGCAGUGCUGCCAGGAACACUACCACCCACUUUCGCAUAUACUAGAACUGAGCUCCCAGAAGGAAGGUUCGGGUGCAAUUGCCGAGGUACUGGAUCUUACGCACGAUCAACACAGCCCGUUCAAGCUAGAGUUCGAUGAUCACGAUUACAAGCACCAUCUGAGUUCUUUGAAACCCCUGGGCCUAGCCAUCCUCGUCAAUACCUGUUGUCCGCUCACUCAGGCCCACUACGCUAAGUUUUGUGGCCACGUGACAGCCGUUGCCAUGCUGGAUAAGGAUUUGGUCCCCGUGACCAACCGGUAUGCGAUUGUAGAGUCGAGUUUGAAUUGCUUUAUGCAUGGCCGUUGUCUGUGCGAACUGGCCCGCCAAAUCGGAUUCACUCCGCAUGCGCGAGAUAUCUUCAACCUGGAGGGACAAAUAUCGAGCUACCGGCAUCUGCUACCAGACGUUGUCCGACGAGAUAUCAAGUUCGCUCGAGCACUUCAGUUGGCAGCCAAGGUAAAGGUUCCCUUUCCCCAUUCGCUGUCGGUGGUCAUGCGUGAAACUCCGGGCGGAUCCUUGCAGCUGUUGACUCAGGGAACGGCUGACAUAGUGUUGGACAGCUGUGAUGACUACUGGGACGGUUAUGAUCUGCAACCGCUGACGGAAAAAGAACGAAAACGUGCGCAAGAUUUUUACCAGCGAAGUGCUCUAACCGCUUACUGUACGGCGUUUUCCUACAAACCAUUGAGACACGGAAUAACUGGAGCCCUUUCAGGAGGAAGUACAGGGGAUGUAGCCUAUUUGGAACUACCACCCGAACGCAAGAUCCACAAAAGUGCAUACUGUAGAGAACGUUCGCUGGAUUACGAACACGGAGGUGCCCCACUGACUCAUCACUCCAUCAGUACGGAUUCAUUGUUGUUCACCGAAAACAAGGACGACGAUAUUUCCGAUGUCGAUGGGUGCUAUGACAUGCAGUGCCAUCAGGUCUUUAUCGGAAUGAUCACGAUGCAGUAUCAAGCCCAGACGGACAUUGUACAGCUGAUCGAACGGUUGGAGCGGGCAUGCAUAAGAUUUGUACACUUCAGCAAGGAGAACGAACUUCGUUCGAGAGUGUUCUCGGAAAAAAUGGGACUAGAAUCGGGCUGGAAUUGUCAUAUCUCUUUGCUGAGUGAUAACGAAAGUGAAAUGCCGUCACCUUCGCGGAACGUUGAAUGCAAAGUACACCCAUCGAGUUCCACUGAUCAACCGGAUUUAGAUGAACAAAAUGAACUAAAUAAAUUACUACCGAAUCUGGAAGGAUCGAAAACUUUGAGCUCAUCUGCCCCAGGGGCGAUCUCGAAUCCGGACUCGAGUUUGUUGGAUCCCAUUAUUGGGCACAUUAAAAAAACAGUGUUGGAUCGUUGUAAUGAUAAUUUCGAGCUUGGCGACUUAAGGCACCACCAAGCCCAGACCUCACGAACCUCCCAAGACUCGGCAAUGGAUUGCGCUGCACACGACGAAAACUGUCGAUCACUAAGCUGCUUGACAGACAGUACCGAACAAAGUGCGCCAAUCAACUUCGAUAUGUCGAACCGAGCUAAACUUCCUCGAGGAAUCGAAAACAUUCGGCCCCAUCUGGAAAAUGUCGAUAACGUACCGUUACUUGUAUCUUUAUUCACCGAUUGUUCUGCGGAAGCUACCCGAGAGAUGCUGAAAAUAAUGCAGCAGUACGGCGAAAUUGUUGUAUGUCUUGGUUCAUCCGCCUCCAAUUCCAACUCGGAGAUUUUCCUCCAAGGGGACUGUUCAAUCGCAAUCGAACCACUCUACCCACAAGUCUGUCAAGACUAUCCUGCCUAUAUAGAAUCCAACAUUUACAAUAACAAAGCCAAGCUUAACCUGAAGCCGCAAAGCCGACUAUUUCGAAAAAUUCCUGAACAAAUUGUCACCGUUUCACCCAUCUAUCUCAGUCGGCUGCUGAACUCCAUUUCCUGUUCGAUCGCAACCUGCCGGGACGACCCGAUCUCGAUAGUUGCUGUCAUAGAAUUGUCUCGACGUUUCAUACAGGGGUUGUGGAGCUGCGUUCAGUUCUGGACUUGCUGCGGAGUUUCGUUGGCUGUCAUGAACACAAUCACUGCGAUUCUCUCACUGCCCCCUAUGAUUGUACCUCACCAUGCACUCUAUGUAAUGUGCUUUGCCGUACCUUUGAUCUCCCUCUCGCUGCUCCGAAUCAACGUCGAUCCUGGAAUUAUGAAGCGAGCCACCGGUAAGAAACAGACCACACUCGAUUCCCGUCUAAUUAUUUUCGUCAUCUGGUGCUACGGAAUCAAGUUCAGCAUCGUGGUACUGUUUCUGGUCAUCUCCUAUUGUUCCUUCCUGUCGCAUCCGAUUGAGAUAUUCUCCGACGACGAAGAUGACGUGCCGGAGAACUUUAACAAAGAUCUGUCAGUAGCACGAAGUUUCAUUCUGCUCGGAACGAUUCUGCAUUUCAUAACCGUUUCGACUUCCUUCGUCCAUCGGGACUACACGUGCUACCGGCGAAAUCCGCUGAGUAACCUGUGCUGGGUUUCUGUAGCUGCCGGGCUUGUAUUGUUUCAUAUCCUCACCGUCGUUGUUCACAUCUGUACCGAUGACUACUACUGGAACGAGAUGGAUCGCGUCUGGCCGAUCGUACUGUUUCUGUUCUUCACCAUAGCCGUGACGUUCGGACUUACCGAAUUUUUCAAAUGGGAAGAAAUCAAAGUAAAUAAUCGAUAUAUUCGACGAGCGAGACUGGAUUUUGGUACCAAGCUAGGAAUGAAUUCGCCAUUCUAGAUGUCGGCAAAAUCAAACUACAAAACCGUUAGAAACCAGAAAAUCAUACCAAAUCAAUCAAUAGCAAUCAUUAUGAAAAAAAGUGUGUACCUUAAGUUGUAUUGUAUAUUCAUCAUGUUUUAGAGUGACUGAAACUAUUGACAUACUUGUAAGAGUCAUGCAUUUGCUUGUAACCUCCCCUCUUAUUACACCUUUUUGCUGUAAAUAAUAACAGAUGCGACUGAAAAAUGUUUCGAUAGCACUAUAGCAGGACAACUAUUGAGCUCGAAAGUAUCGCUUGUUCCGUCUAGCGAAACGGCCGAAAGUCUAUCAGCUACUUGACACUACUGCUAACCACAGUUAAGAGAAAGUUACGAUGUAAAAAAUAAAAUUAAC